GGCGGCCGUUUCGUCAUUAGUCUCAGUUUGGAAGGCGUCCUAGUUAGCUGCUCCAAGCCGGGUUUGCAAAAGAUUUUCUCUUGCCCUUAGUGAAAACUGUAUAGUUUGGUGAAAACUACUUUCCUUUUUGGUGUUACCCGUUUUAAACUUCAAUCAAAAUGCGUGAAUGUAUCUCCGUACAUGUCGGACAGGCCGGUGUCCAGAUCGGUAACGCCUGCUGGGAGCUGUACUGUCUGGAGCAUGGAAUCCAGCCGGACGGUCAGAUGCCCUCCGACAAAACCAUCGGCGGUGGAGACGAUUCGUUCAACACCUUCUUCAGUGAAACCGGAGCCGGCAAGCAUGUGCCGCGUGCCGUGUUCGUCGAUCUGGAACCGACUGUCGUCGAUGAGGUACGCACCGGAACCUACCGGCAGCUGUUCCACCCGGAGCAGUUGAUCACCGGCAAGGAAGACGCCGCCAACAACUACGCCCGUGGUCAUUACACCAUCGGAAAGGAAAUCGUCGACGUUGUGCUGGAUCGCAUUCGUAAGUUGGCUGACCAGUGCACCGGUCUGCAGGGAUUCCUGAUCUUCCACUCGUUCGGUGGUGGUACCGGAUCCGGAUUCACCUCCCUGCUGAUGGAACGCCUGUCGGUCGAUUAUGGCAAGAAGUCAAAGCUGGAGUUCGCUAUCUACCCGGCCCCACAAGUUUCGACCGCCGUCGUUGAACCCUACAACUCUAUCCUGACCACCCAUACCACCCUGGAACAUUCCGACUGCGCUUUCAUGGUCGACAACGAAGCCAUCUACGACAUCUGCCGACGCAACUUGGACAUUGAGCGCCCAACCUACACCAACCUGAACCGACUGAUCGGCCAGAUUGUAUCCUCGAUCACCGCUUCCCUGCGAUUCGAUGGUGCCCUGAACGUCGAUCUGACUGAAUUCCAAACGAACUUGGUGCCGUACCCACGUAUCCAUUUCCCUCUGGUCACCUACGCCCCGGUCAUCUCGGCUGAGAAGGCCUACCACGAACAGCUGUCCGUGGCCGAAAUCACCAAUGCCUGCUUCGAACCAGCCAACCAGAUGGUCAAGUGCGAUCCCCGUCACGGCAAGUACAUGGCCUGUUGCAUGUUGUACCGUGGUGAUGUUGUCCCCAAGGACGUUAACGCCGCCAUUGCCACCAUCAAGACCAAGCGUACGAUCCAGUUCGUCGACUGGUGUCCAACUGGUUUCAAGGUUGGUAUCAACUACCAGCCACCGACCGUUGUUCCGGGUGGUGAUUUGGCCAAGGUUCAACGUGCCGUGUGCAUGUUGUCCAACACUACGGCCAUUGCCGAAGCCUGGGCCCGUCUGGAUCACAAGUUCGAUCUGAUGUACGCCAAGCGUGCCUUCGUCCACUGGUACGUCGGCGAGGGUAUGGAGGAGGGUGAAUUCUCCGAAGCCCGUGAAGAUUUGGCUGCCCUCGAGAAGGAUUACGAAGAGGUCGGCAUGGACUCCGGAGAGGGUGAAGGUGAGGGAGCCGAGGAAUACUAAAGAGAAAGCUCUUCACAAGAGUCUAAUGGCACGUUAAAAAAAAUGCGCGAGACUCAUCCGAAAACGUGGCCACCAAAAGAAAAGAGGAAAUAAUUUAAUAAAUUAUUUGUUCCCAAAUCAAAA